CCAUUUGUAUAAAUAUCCAGCUGUAAGCUGUUAGCAUCACUUUUUCAUUCAACGCACCCUCAAUAGAACACAGAAAGAUGAAGUAUAUACUUUUAGCUCUUGCUCUUCUGGCAGUUGUAAUAGCCUUUCCUCGAACUAAGCGUCAAGCUUUCCAACUACCCGAUGGUGCCUUCCUGCUGUUGGGUAAGGAACCACCAGAGACAUUCGACUGUACAAACAAGGCUACAGGCUACUACGCCGAUCUGGAUACGGGAUGUCAGGUGUUUCACGUAUGCAAUCAAGUAGAACACGAGGAUGGAUCCAAGGAAACAUUCCACUACAGUUUUAUCUGUGGUAAUCAAACUAUCUUCAGCCAACUUACCAUGACUUGCGCCACUCCAGAGGAGGCAACACCGUGCCAAUCCGCACCAGAAUUCUAUAGAUUAAACCAGAAAAUCGGUUUGACUGAUACCCCCAUCUUGGAGGAUGCUGACGUUGAAAAACAUAACCAGCUUCGACAGUUAUAAACUUUUCUUAUUUGUUGCUGUAACAGGUUACCUCAUUGGCUCUCGGACCUCGGCAGUAGUUUGUCUAUGUCAUUUUUGGUGGGAUGUUUCUUCCUAAGACACCUUCUUCAUGUAAAAAAAAUGCAUACAAGUAUACACAAAGGAAUCUUCAGGUUUCUGUACAGCGGGUCUGCUCCAUAUUUUAAUAAUGAUUAUUAUUUUUUUUAUAUAUAUCGUGCGCGUCGUGUUGAUGUAGUAUUUUUGUAAAGAAAAUGUUAAAAAAAAUAAAAUUUUAUGCA